AUGCUGGCCGUGGGGCCGAUGGAGGGAGCCCGGCAGAGAGCCUUUCUGCUGAGCUGCCCGCCCCUGGCCGCCCUGCACAGCAUGGCCGAGAUGAAGAGCCCCCUCUACCCGCCCUCCUACCCGCCCCUCCCGGCUGGACCCUCGUCGUCCUCGUCGUCCUCGUCCUCGUCGUCCUCGUCGUCGUCCCCGUCCCCGCCCCUGGGUUCCCUGCCCUCCCCCGGCCUGAAGCCCCCAGCCCCCGGGGGGCUCUCGGCCCUGGGCAGCCCCCCGCAGCAGCCGUCGGCCGCCACCCCCCACGGCAUCAACGACAUCCUCAGCCGGCCGUCCAUGCCCCUGGCCGCGGGGGCCUCCCUGACCCCGGCAUCGUCUUCUGCGGCCUCCGCGGCCUCCUCGUCCUCGUCCUCCGCGGCCUCCUCCUCUUCCUCCUCCUCCUCCUCCGCGGCCGCCGCCCCCGGGGGGCUCCUGGCCGGCCUGCCCCGCUUCGGCAGCCUCAGCCCGCCGCCCCCUCCUCCCCCUCCCCCUCCUCCUCCUCCUCCUCCUCCUCCGCCUCCUCCUCCUCCUCCUCCCGGCCUCUACUUCAGCCCGGGAGCCGCCGCCGCCGCCGCCGCCGCCGCCGCCGCCGCCGCCGCCGCCGCCGCCGCCGUGGGCCGGUACCCCAAGCCCCUGGCCGACCUGCCCGGCAGGACCCCCAUCUUCUGGCCGGGGGUGAUGCAGAGCCCGGCCUGGAGGGAUGCGCGCCUCGCCUGCGGACCCCAUCAAGGAUCAAUCUUGCUGGACAAAGACGGGAAAAGGAAACACACGAGACCUACUUUCUCCGGACAGCAGAUCUUCGCCCUAGAAAAGACGUUUGAGCAGACCAAGUACCUCGCGGGCCCCGAGCGGGCCAGGCUAGCCUAUUCUCUGGGCAUGACCGAGAGCCAGGUCAAGGUCUGGUUCCAGAACCGCCGGACCAAAUGGCGAAAGAAGCACGCGGCCGAGAUGGCCACGGCCAAGAAGAAGCAGGACUCGGAGACGGAGCGGCUCAAAGGGGCCUCGGACAACGAGGAGGAGGAUGACCUCUAUAACAAGCCCCUCGACCCCAAUUCGGACGACGAGAAGAUCACGCAGCUCCUCAACAAACACAAGUCUGGGGGAGGGGGCGGGGGAGGGGGCGGACCCCUCCUCCUUCACACCUCUGAGCCCGAGAGCUCCUAA